AUGUUUGUCGUUGGCGCUAUUUUGUAUCACAAUAGGAAGCUUAAGUCAAGAACAACAAGAACACCUCCAACAGUAUCGCCACCUACAUCUACGCAAGGACAGACACCGUCUACAACCUCAACUACCAGUGGCACAACAGUCAGCAUUCCAUCCACUCCUGCUACCAAAGUCACCACCCCAUCAGUUACAACCCCCUCUGGAACUACAACAAAAACUUCAUUCACUACACCAAGUGCACCACAAACAACACAAUCUGUAACACCAAGCAUCACUCCAUCAACCGGUACACCAAGUGUAACGCCCACAACAGGCACACCUAGUGGGACCCCAUCAACAGGAACGCCGAGUGUCACGCCCUCAACUGGCACACCAAGUGUUACACCUUCAACAACAGGAACUCCAAGUGUCACUCCAUCGACUGGUACCCCAAGUGUAACACCUUCCACUACUGGAACUCCAAGUGUCACACCUUCAACGGGAACACCGAGUGUCACUCCAUCGACAUCAGUAACACCAAGCGUUACGCCUUCAACUACUGGCACGCCAAGUGUCACACCUUCAACAACAGGAACACCAAGUGUCACUCCCUCAACGGGUACACCGAGUGUCACGCCUUCUACAACAGGAACACCAAGUGUCACUCCUUCAACAGGAACCCCAAGUGUCACACCCUCAACGGGAACACCAAGCGUCACACCUUCUACGGGAACUCCAAGUGUUACUCCGUCAACUGGUACCCCAAGUGUCACGCCCACAACGGGAACACCUAGUGUGACCCCAUCAACAGGAACACCGAGUGUCACUCCAUCGACAUCAGUAACACCAAGCGUUACGCCUUCAACUACUGGCACGCCAAGUGUCACACCUUCAACAACAGGAACACCAAGUGUCACUCCCUCAACGGGUACACCAAGUGUAACACCUUCAACAACAGGAACACCAAGUGUCACUCCAACAACAGGAACACCAAGUGUCACUCCAUCAACAGGAACCCCAAGUGUCACACCCUCAACGGGAACACCAAGCGUCACACCUUCUACGGGAACUCCAAGUGUUACUCCGUCAACUGGUACCCCAAGUGUCACGCCCACAACGGGAACACCUAGUGUGACCCCAUCAACAGGAACACCGAGUGUCACUCCAUCGACAUCAGUAACACCAAGCGUUACGCCUUCAACUACUGGCACGCCAAGUGUCACACCUUCAACAACAGGAACACCAAGUGUCACUCCCUCAACGGGUACACCGAGUGUCACGCCUUCUACAACAGGAACACCAAGUGUCACUCCAUCAACAGGAACCCCAAGUGUCACUCCCUCAACGGGAACACCAAGCGUCACACCUUCUACGGGAACUCCAAGUGUUACUCCGUCAACUGGUACCCCAAGUGUCACGCCCACAACGGGAACACCUAGUGUGACCCCAUCAACAGGAACGCCGAGUGUCACGCCCUCAACUGGCACACCAAGUGUUACACCUUCAACAACAGGAACUCCAAGUGUCACUCCAUCGACUGGUACCCCAAGUGUAACACCUUCCACUACUGGAACUCCAAGUGUCACACCUUCAACGGGAACACCGAGUGUCACUCCAUCGACAUCAGCAACACCAAGCGUUACGCCUUCAACUACUGGCACGCCAAGUGUCACACCUUCAACAACAGGAACACCAAGAGUCACUCCCUCAACGGGUACACCAAGUGUAACACCUUCAACAACAGGAACACCGAGUGUCACUCCAACAACAGGAACACCAAGUGUCACUCCUUCAACAGGAACCCCAAGUGUCACACCCUCAACGGGAACACCAAGCGUCACACCUUCUACGGGAACUCCAAGUGUUACUCCGUCAACUGGUACCCCAAGUGUCACGCCCACAACGGGAACACCUAGUGUGACCCCAUCAACAGGAACACCGAGUGUCACUCCAUCGACAUCAGUAACACCAAGCGUUACGCCUUCAACUACUGGCACGCCAAGUGUCACACCUUCAACAACAGGAACACCAAGUGUCACUCCCUCAACGGGUACACCAAGUGUAACACCUUCAACAACAGGAACACCAAGUGUCACUCCAACAACAGGAACACCAAGUGUCACUCCAUCAACAGGAACCCCAAGUGUCACUCCCUCAACGGGAACACCAAGCGUCACACCUUCUACGGGAACUCCAAGUGUUACUCCGUCAACUGGUACCCCAAGUGUCACGCCCACAACGGGAACACCUAGUGUGACCCCAUCAACAGGAACGCCGAGUGUCACGCCCCCAACUGGCACACCAAGUGUUACACCUUCAACAACAGGAACUCCAAGUGUCACUCCAUCGACUGGUACCCCAAGUGUAACACCUUCCACUACUGGAACUCCAAGUGUCACACCUUCAACGGGAACACCGAGUGUCACUCCAUCGACAUCAGUAACACCAAGCGUUACGCCUUCAACUACUGGCACGCCAAGUGUCACACCUUCAACAACAGGAACACCAAGUGUCACUCCCUCAACGGGUACACCGAGUGUCACGCCUUCUACAACAGGAACACCAAGUGUCACUCCUUCAACAGGAACCCCAAGUGUCACACCCUCAACGGGAACACCAAGCGUCACACCUUCUACGGGAACUCCAAGUGUUACUCCGUCAACUGGUACCCCAAGUGUCACGCCCACAACGGGAACACCUAGUGUGACCCCAUCAACAGGAACACCGAGUGUAACUCCAUCGACAUCAGUAACACCAAGCGUUACGCCUUCAACUACUGGCACGCCAAGUGUCACACCUUCAACAACAGGAACACCAAGUGUCACUCCCUCAACGGGUACACCAAGUGUAACACCUUCAACAACAGGAACACCAAGUGUCACUCCAACAACAGGAACACCAAGUGUCACUCCUUCAACAGGAACCCCAAGUGUCACACCCUCAACGGGAACACCAAGCGUCACACCUUCUACGGGAACUCCAAGUGUUACUCCGUCAACUGGUACCCCAAGUGUCACGCCCACAACGGGAACACCUAGUGUGACCCCAUCAACAGGAACACCGAGUGUCACUCCAUCGACAUCAGUAACACCAAGCGUUACGCCUUCAACUACUGGCACGCCAAGUGUCACACCUUCAACAACAGGAACACCAAGUGUCACUCCCUCAACGGGUACACCGAGUGUCACGCCUUCUACAACAGGAACACCAAGUGUCACUCCAUCAACAGGAACCCCAAGUGUCACACCCUCAACGGGAACACCAAGCGUCACACCUCCUACAGGAACUCCAAGUGUUACUCCGUCAACUGGUACCCCAAGUGUCACGCCCACAACGGGAACACCUAGUGUGACCCCAUCAACAGGAACGCCGAGUGUCACGCCCUCAACUGGCACACCAAGUGUUACACCUUCAACAACAGGAACUCCAAGUGUCACUCCAUCGACUGGUACCCCAAGUGUAACACCUUCCACUACUGGAACUCCAAGUGUCACACCUUCAACGGGAACACCGAGUGUCACUCCAUCGACAUCAGUAACACCAAGCGUUACGCCUUCAACUACUGGCACGCCAAGUGUCACACCUUCAACAACAGGAACACCAAGUGUCACUCCCUCAACGGGUACACCGAGUGUCACGCCUUCUACAACAGGAACACCAAGUGUCACUCCAACAACAGGAACCCCAAGUGUCACACCCUCAACGGGAACACCAAGCGUCACACCUUCUACGGGAACUCCAAGUGUUACUCCGUCAACUGGUACCCCAAGUGUCACGCCCACAACGGGAACACCUAGUGUGACCCCAUCAACAGGAACACCGAGUGUCACUCCAUCGACAUCAGUAACACCAAGCGUUACGCCUUCAACUACUGGCACGCCAAGUGUCACACCUUCAACAACAGGAACACCAAGUGUCACUCCCUCAACGGGUACACCAAGUGUAACACCUUCAACAACAGGAACACCAAGUGUCACUCCAACAACAGGAACACCAAGUGUCACUCCAUCAACAGGAACCCCAAGUGUCACACCCUCAACGGGAACACCAAGCGUCACACCUUCUACGGGAACUCCAAGUGUUACUCCGUCAACUGGUACCCCAAGUGUUACGCCCACAACGGGAACACCUAGUGUGACCCCAUCAACAGGAACACCGAGUGUCACUCCAUCGACAUCAGUAACACCAAGCGUUACGCCUUCAACUACUGGCACGCCAAGUGUCACACCUUCAACAACAGGAACACCAAGUGUCACUCCCUCAACGGGUACACCAAGUGUAACACCUUCAACAACAGGAACACCAAGUGUCACUCCCUCAACGGGUACACCGAGUGUCACACCUUCAACAACAGGAACACCAAGUGUCACUCCUUCAACAGGAACCCCAAGUGUCACACCCUCAACGGGAACACCAAGCGUCACACCUUCUACGGGAACUCCAAGUGUUACUCCUUCUACUGGACAAACAACGACAACAGCACCAACUAUUUCACAACCUACGCCUACACAAGGACAAACCCCAUCAACAUCACCCACUCCAAGUGGGACAACAGCUACUGCACCCUCCACUCCAGCUACUGCUGUCACAACCCCGAAAAUUACGACGCCGUCCACUGGAACAACAACAAAAUCUAUCACAACGCCAAUACUUCAAACAACUACAUCAGGGACACCAAGCGUCACACCUUCCACAGGAACACCAAGUGUAACGCCAUCUACAGGAACACCAAGUAUCACUUCUUCUACAGGAACACCAAGUGUCACUCCCUCAACAGGAACGCCAAGUGCCACCCCAUCAAUCAGCACACCUAGUGUCACACCUUCAACAGGAACACCGAGUGUCACUCCAUCGACAUCAGCAACACCAAGCGUUACGCCUUCAACUACUGGCACGCCAAGUGUCACACCUUCAACAACAGGAACUCCAAGUGUCACUCCAUCGACUGGUACCCCAAGUGUAACACCUUCCACUACUGGAACUCCAAGUGUCACACCUUCAACGGGAACACCGAGUGUCACUCCAUCGACAUCAGCAACACCAAGCGUUACGCCUUCAACUACUGGCACGCCAAGUGUCACACCUUCAACAGGAACACCAAGUGUCACUCCCUCAACGGGUACACCGAGUGUCACACCUUCAACAACAGGAACACCAAGUGUCACUCCUUCAACAGGAACACCAAGUGUCACACCCUCAACGGGAACACCAAGCGUCACACCUUCUACGGGAACUCCAAGUGUUACUCCGUCAACUGGUACCCCAAGUGUCACGCCCACAACGGGAACACCUAGUUUGACCCCAUCAACAGGAACGCCGAGUGUCACGCCCUCAACUGGCACACCAAGUGUUACACCUUCAACAACAGGAACUCCAAGUGUCACUCCAUCGACUGGUACCCCAAGUGUAACACCUUCCACUACUGGAACUCCAAGUGUCACACCUUCAACGGGAACACCGAGUGUCACUCCAUCGACAUCAGCAACACCAAGCGUUACGCCUUCAACUACUGGCACGCCAAGUGUCACACCUUCAACUUCAACAGGAACACCAAGUGUCACUCCCUCAACGGGUACACCGAGUGUCACACCUUCAACAACAGGAACACCAAGUGUCACUCCUUCAACAGGAACACCAAGUGUCACACCCUCAACGGGAACACCAAGCGUCACACCUUCUUCGGGAACUCCAAGUGUCACUCCGUCAACUGGUACCCCAAGUGUCACGCCCACAACGGGAACACCUAGUGUGACCCCAUCAACAGGAACGCCGAGUGUCACGCCCUCAACUGGCACACCAAGUGUUACACCUUCAACAACAGGAACUCCAAGUGUCACUCCAUCGACUGGUACCCCAAGUGUAACACCUUCCACUACUGGAACUCCAAGUGUCACACCUUCAACGGGAACACCGAGUGUCACUCCAUCGACAUCAGCAACACCAAGCGUUACGCCUUCAACUACUGGCACGCCAAGUGUCACACCUUCAACAGGAACACCAAGUGUCACUCCCUCAACGGGUACACCGAGUGUCACACCUUCAACAACAGGAACACCAAGUGUCACUCCUUCAACAGGAACACCAAGUGUCACACCCUCAACGGGAACACCAAGCGUCACACCUUCUACGGGAACUCCAAGUGUUACUCCGUCAACUGGUACCCCAAGUGUCACGCCCACAACGGGAACACCUAGUUUGACCCCAUCAACAGGAACGCCGAGUGUCACGCCCUCAACUGGCACACCAAGUGUUACACCUUCAACAACAGGAACUCCAAGUGUCACUCCAUCGACUGGUACCCCAAGUGUAACACCUUCCACUACUGGAACUCCAAGUGUCACACCUUCAACGGGAACACCGAGUGUCACUCCAUCGACAUCAGCAACACCAAGCGUUACGCCUUCAACUACUGGCACGCCAAGUGUCACACCUUCAACAGGAACACCAAGUGUCACUCCCUCAACGGGUACACCGAGUGUCACACCUUCAACAACAGGAACACCAAGUGUCACUCCUUCAACAGGAACACCAAGUGUCACACCCUCAACGGGAACACCAAGCGUCACACCUUCUACGGGAACUCCAAGUGUUACUCCGUCAACUGGUACCCCAAGUGUCACGCCCACAACGGGAACACCUAGUUUGACCCCAUCAACAGGAACGCCGAGUGUCACGCCCUCAACUGGCACACCAAGUGUUACACCUUCAACAACAGGAACUCCAAGUGUCACUCCAUCGACUGGUACCCCAAGUGUAACACCUUCCACUACUGGAACUCCAAGUGUCACACCUUCAACGGGAACACCGAGUGUCACUCCAUCGACAUCAGCAACACCAAGCGUUACGCCUUCAACUACUGGCACGCCAAGUGUCACACCUUCAACAGGAACACCAAGUGUCACUCCCUCAACGGGUACACCGAGUGUCACACCUUUAACAACAGGAACACCAAGUGUCACUCCUUCAACAGGAACACCAAGUGUCACACCCUCAACGGGAACACCAAGCGUCACACCUUCUACGGGAACUCCAAGUGUUACUCCGUCAACUGGUAACCCAAGUGUCACGCCCACAACGGGAACACCUAGUGUGACCCCAUCAACAGGAACGCCGAGUGUCACGCCCUCAACUGGCACACCAAGUUUUACACCUUCAGCAACAGGAACUCCAAGUGUCACUCCAUCGACUGGUACCCCAAGUGUAACACCUUCCACUACUGGAACUCCAAGUGUCACACCUUCAACGGGAACACCGAGUGUCACUCCAUCGACAUCAGCAACACCAAGCGUUACGCCUUCAACUACUGGCACGCCAAGUGUCACACCUUCAACAGGAACACCAAGUGUCACUCCCUCAACGGGUACACCGAGUGUCACACCUUCAACAACAGGAACACCAAGUGUCACUCCUUCAACAGGAACACCAAGUGUCACACCCUCAACGGGAACACCAAGCGUCACACCUUCUACGGGAACUCCAAGUGUUACUCCGUCAACUGGUACCCCAAGUGUCACGCCCACAACGGGAACACCUAGUUUGACCCCAUCAACAGGAACGCCGAGUGUCACGCCCUCAACUGGCACACCAAGUGUUACACCUUCAACAACAGGAACUCCAAGUGUCACUCCAUCGACUGGUACCCCAAGUGUAACACCUUCCACUACUGGAACUCCAAGUGUCACACCUUCAACGGGAACACCGAGUGUCACUCCAUCGACAUCAGCAACACCAAGCGUUACGCCUUCAACUACUGGCACGCCAAGUGUCACACCUUCAACAGGAACACCAAGUGUCACUCCCUCAACGGGAACACCGAGUGUCACACCUUCAACAACAGGAACACCAAGUGUCACUCCUUCAACAGGAACACCAAGCAUCACAACUUCUACGGGAACUCCAAGUGUUACUCCGUCAACUGGUACCCCAAGUGUCACGCCCACAACGGGAACACCUAGUGUGACCCCAUCAACAGGAACGCCGAGUGUCACGCCCUCAACUGGCACACCAAGUGUUACACCUUCAGCAACAGGAACUCCAAGUGUCACUCCAUCGACUGGUACCCCAAGUGUAACACCUUCCACUACUGGAACUCCAAGUGUCACACCUUCAACGGGAACACCGAGUGUCACUCCAUCGACAUCAGCAACACCAAGCGUUACGCCUUCAACUACUGGCACGCCAAGUGUCACACCUUCAACAGGAACACCAAGUGUCACUCCCUCAACGGGUACACCGAGUGUCACACCUUCAACAACAGGAACACCAAGUGUCACUCCUUCAACAGGAACACCAAGUGUCACACCCUCAACGGGAACACCAAGCGUCACAACUUCUACGGGAACUCCAAGUGUUACUCCGUCAACUGGUACCCCAAGUGUCACGCCCACAACGGGAACACCUAGUGUGACCCCAUCAACAGGAACGCCGAGUGUCACGCCCUCAACUGGCACACCAAGUGUUACACCUUCAACAACAGGAACUCCAAGUGUCACUCCAUCGACUGGUACCCCAAGUGUAACACCUUCCACUACUGGAACUCCAAGUGUCACACCUUCAACGGGAACACCGAGUGUCACUCCAUCGACAUCAGCAACACCAAGCGUUACGCCUUCAACUACUGGCACGCCAAGUGUCACACCUUCAACAGGAACACCAAGUGUCACUCCCUCAACGGGUACACCGAGUGUCACACCUUCAACAACAGGAACACCAAGUGUCACUCCUUCAACAGGAACACCAAGUGUCACACCCUCAACGGGAACACCAAGCGUCACACCUUCUACGGGAACUCCAAGUGUUACUCCGUCAACUGGUACCCCAAGUGUCACGCCCACAACGGGAACACCUAGUUUGACCCCAUCAACAGGAACGCCGAGUGUCACGCCCUCAACUGGCACAUCAAGUGUUACACCUUCAACAACAGGAACUCCAAGUGUCACUCCAUCGACUGGUACCCCAAGUGUAACACCUUCCACUACUGGAACUCCAAGUGUCACACCUUCAACGGGAACACCGAGUGUCACUCCAUCGACAUCAGCAACACCAAGCGUUACGCCUUCAACUACUGGCACGCCAAGUGUCACACCUUCAACAGGAACACCAAGUGUCACACCCUCAACGGGAACACCAAGCGUCACACCUUCUACGGGAACUCCAAGUGUUACUCCUUCUACUGGACAAACAACGACAACAGCACCAACUAUUUCACAACCUACGCCUACACAAGGACAAACCCCAUCAACAUCACCCACUCCAAGUGGGACAACAGCUACUGCACCCUCCACUCCAGCUACCGCUGUCACAACCCCGAAAAUUACGACGCCGUCCACUGGAACAACAACAAAAUCUAUCACAACGCCAAUACUUCAAACAACUACAUCAGGGACACCAAGCGUCACACCUUCCACAGGAACACCAAGUGUAACGCCAUCUACAGGAACACCAAGUGUCACUCCUUCUACAGGAACACCAAGUGUCACUCCCUCAACAGGAACGCCAAGUGUCACCCCAUCAAUCAGCACACCUAGUGUCACACCUUCAACAGGAACGCCUAGUAUAUCAUCGACAAGUUCUACAACCUCUACGACAAUUUGUAGCUACGUGGACAUUGGGUCAGAUAGAGCCAUGGAUAUUAUUCUUACAUCUCCAAGCGAAGACUCUGACUUCCCUGUUGGAAAUAUACUAAAAUCAAAUAAUGUAUACAAACCUACAAAAGAACAAACAUACGACGAGAACAUUGUUGUAAAGAUCGUUUCACUGGAUACUCCAACGAUUUUGAGGGUUACCUUCACAGUAAAUAAAGUAGAUACAGUCGGUCUGCAGUAUUUGUCUGAUUUCAAGCAAAAAGUGAUAACCCAGAAUAACCAAACGGUGGAAUAUGUCUUAGAACCGGGUGUAUCAACAGAUACCUUCACAAUCAAUAUUAAGAGCAACUCUCCUGAGCAACCCCAAGUAUCAAAUCUAAUCGUGCGGGCUUGUUACAAACCUGUACCAAGUCAAACUACGACAACCACUCCUAUAUCUACGACUACAGCUGAAGCGACAUCAACAGCGCCUUUAUGCGAUUUUUGGUGCAAUGAUCGUAAGACCUGUAUAGCAGGCUAUCAACGCUGUGACGGCAUCAAAAAUUGUGAAGACGGAGAGGACGAGGAAGGCUGUUUUGGAACCACAACACCUUCGUUAACUACAACGCAUCAAUGCCCACCGUCUACAUUCCCUUGUUCUAGCGACCCUACAUGUUAUCUGAGCAGUCAAAUAUGCGAUGGACGUUGUGACUGCCAAACGCAUUGCGAUGAUGAAAAAGACUGCAAACAAACUACCACACUCCCUCCAACGACGAUACAGACAACAACAGCUCCAACAUCAACAAAAUACUGCGCUGAACCACUGAGAAAGGACGGCAUAAUUCCAGAUGGGCUUAUAACUUUCACAUCUGGGAGUGUAUCGUCUACAAACGCCAUGUUAAAUGGAGUCCCCUGGAUCCCUUCUUCAACUGACUUAACACCAUCUGUUACUGCUGUAUUUCCAACGGCAACUAAAGUCACUUACAUUGAAAUUGAGAGCCUUGAAACUCAGUCCUACAUAGUUUAUACUAAGCAGACGCCUCAAGGGUUGUGGGAACCAAUAAGGGAGGCUAACGGAGCAGAAAAACAAUACCCAGCCAGCCCUGUUCCUAAUCAAGUCGACACUCUCAAUCUACCAGAAAAUACUGUUACAUAUGGAAUUAAAGUUGAACUCCUCAUUUCAACGGGUGCUACACCGUCACUCAAAUUUGAAAUUUAUGGAUGUACAGAAGUGCCAACGCCAUCUUCAACAACAGGUAACAUAAUAGCACAAUCUCUACUUAAUACUGCAAGGGAAUCUUUUUAUCACUGUAAUUAA